AUGGAGACAACCACAACUACCGUCAUUUCUGAGAAGGCGAAUAACCAGAUUGCGACACAAGGAGAGGUGACAGAAACUUCUCCAGGGUCUGUGACAGACUACCGCGCGAAACUCAACUUCAGACAAAACUACCGACGAUUGGCAAGUUAUGUCUCCAGCAAAGAAGGAUGGCUUGGGGACUACGACUACCUUUACCUCAUCACCCCUAAUAUUUCACCUGUCAACAGAAAAUCCAGGAAUUAUGCGAUGCCGUUCUAUGGUCUUAACAAUAAAGUGCCCAUCUUUCUUACUCUUAUCCUGGGCUUCCAGUAUGCACUCACCAUGUUCGGGUCAAUCGGUAGAGCUAAAGUGAAGUCUACAGGCGUGAUGAAGGCGGGCUUUUACAGAUCAUUUGAGAAGACUGACGUGAUCAUUCUGUUCGUUGUUGCAAAUCAGAUGGUUGCGGACCAAAGAAACAGAUGCGACGAAACAGCUGAACCUACACUAAGCAAAAAGGCUCACAGUCCAAAGACAACUUCCGUUAGGAGCUAA